AUGCGAGGUGAUGGCUAUCUAUGGACGGAGUCCUACGAUGGGGCUACAAUAGCAUUCAUCAUCUUGGGGGCAUCCCUAGUGUUCAUCAUGGUACCGGGUUUAGGCUUCCUGUAUUCGGGACUUGCUAGACGUAAAUCGGCUCUGUCCCUGAUAUGGGUAGUCUUGUCUGCCACUUUGGUCGCAAUGUUACAAUGGUACUUCUGGGGUUACUCGCUGGCCUUUUCAGCAAGUGCUAAAAACAAUAAAUUCAUAGGAAACUUAGACUCCUUUGGUUUCAGAAACGUAUACGGUGGUGAUCAAGCGUAUCCCGAAAUUGCAUUCGCUUGUUUCCAAAUGAUGUUCAUGUGUGUCACUCUGAGCAUCAUAGCAGGUGCUACUGCUGAAAGAGGUAGAUUGCUACCUCAUAUGGUCUUCCUGUUCAUAUUUGCUACCGUGGUUUAUUGUCCAAUUGCAUACUGGAUCUGGGCUCCUGGUGGUUGGUGUUACCAAUGGGGGGUCCUAGAUUGGGCUGGCGGCGGUCCAGUAGAAAUUCUAUCUGCCGUAGCAGGUUUUGUUUAUUCCUAUUUCUUAGGAAAACGUAGAGAAAAUUUAUUGAUUAAUUUCAGACCUCACAACGUUUCAAUGGUGACUUUAGGAACUUCCCUGUUGUGGUUCGGCUGGUUGCUAUUCAACUCGGCCACUUCGUUGACCCCAAAUUUGAGAUCCGUCUACGCAUUCAUGAAUACCAAUAUCAGCGCUGUCACCGGCGGAAUGACGUGGUGUCUUAUAGAUUACAGACUAGAAAAAAAAUGGUCAACGGUAGGUCUGUGUUCAGGUAUCAUUUGUGGGUUGGUCGCAGCAACUCCUUCUUCCGGUUGCAUCACUCUUUAUGCCUCUCUGAUUCAAGGUAUUAUCUCAGGCAUAGUUUGUAAUUUUGCUACUAAAAUAAAAUACUAUUUGAAAGUUGACGACGCGCUGGAUCUAUUGGCUGAGCACGGUAUUGCCGGCAUUGUUGGCCUAAUGUUCAACGCCCUCUUCGCCGCUGACUGGGUCAUCGGCAUGGAUGGGACCACUAGACAUAGAGGUGGUUGGUUGACUCAUAACUAUAGACAGAUCUAUAAACAGAUCGCGUAUAUUGCAGCUGUUGCAGGUUAUACAGCCGUAGUCACAGCAAUCAUUUGUAUCGUUAUAGACAAAAUACCUGGUUUACAAUUAAGAGUAGAUGAAGUUGGCGAGCGCAAUGGUAUGGAUGAAGACCAAAUCGGUGAGUUUGCAUAUGAUUAUGUCGAAGUCAGAAGAGAUUAUUAUCAAUGGGGUGUUGAUACUGACAAUAAUUACAAUAAUUCAACUACUUCAAGUACAGAAAAUCAUGAAUUAACUGAAAAUGACGAUCUGCCGCCUUUAACAGCUCCUGAAAACCCAACUUCAUCAUCAGAUGAAUCAUCUGAAGAGAACAAAAACGAAAAAACUUUAAAUCAAGAAUAG